GAACCGCUUUCUUAAAUCAGUCUCAACGAAUGCACUCAUUCGCUGACGUCACUAACGCUAUAUAUACGAGUGAACGGAGUGCAUCAACUGCUUACAUCGCAGUGCAGCUCCAGAUAGAUUGUGUGGGCGUUGGCAGAACAUUCCCGAGAAGUCUCUGCUCUACGAUAAACGUAAUGCAGAUUUUCGUGAAAACCCUAACCGGUAAGACUAUCACCCUUGAGGUGGAAUCUUCAGAUACAAUCGAAAAUGUCAAGGCAAAGAUUCAAGACAAGGAGGGUAUUCCCCCAGACCAACAGAGAUUAAUCUUUGCUGGAAAACAGUUGGAAGACGGACGUACUCUUUCGGACUACAAUAUCCAAAAAGAGUCCACGCUCCAUCUUGUACUUAGACUUCGCGGAGGUAUGCAGAUCUUCGUGAAAACCCUUACCGGAAAGACUAUUACCCUGGAAGUUGAGCCCUCUGACACAAUUGAGAAUGUUAAAGCGAAAAUCCAAGACAAAGAAGGUAUCCCUCCAGAUCAACAGAGGUUGAUCUUUGCCGGUAAACAACUUGAAGACGGUCGUACCCUUUCAGACUACAAUAUCCAAAAAGAGUCCACCCUCCAUCUUGUUCUUCGACUUCGUGGAGGUAUGCAGAUCUUCGUAAAAACGCUGACCGGAAAGACGAUCACUCUAGAGGUUGAACCUAGCGAUACAAUCGAAAACGUUAAGGCAAAGAUUCAAGACAAGGAAGGUAUUCCGCCCGAUCAGCAAAGGUUGAUCUUUGCUGGCAAGCAGCUUGAAGACGGCCGAACGCUAUCAGACUAUAACAUUCAGAAAGAGUCUACUCUACACCUCGUACUACGUCUUCGAGGAGGAAUGCAGAUUUUCGUGAAGACGCUCACAGGCAAAACUAUCACACUCGAGGUAGAAUCCAGUGAUACCAUUGAAAACGUCAAGGCCAAAAUUCAGGACAAAGAAGGAAUCCCUCCUGAUCAACAGAGGCUAAUUUUUGCUGGUAAACAGCUCGAAGAUGGUCGUACUCUAUCUGACUAUAACAUUCAGAAAGAGUCUACUCUUCAUCUGGUGCUCAGACUCCGCGGAGGAAAAUAAAGAAAAAUGCAAAUCUUUGUGAAAACAUUAACUGGGAAAACUAUCACUCUAGACGUAGAGGGAUCGGACACGAUCGAGAACGUCAAGACAAAGAUCCAGGAUAAAGAAGGUAUUCCACCAGAUCAGCAGCGUCUGAUUUUCGCUGGCAAGCAGCUAGAGGACGGUCGCACACUCUCCGAUUACAAUAUACAGAAGGAAUCGACUCUUCACCUCGUCCUCCGUUUGCGCGGAGGGAUGCAGAUCUUUGUGAAGACGCUCACUGGAAAAACCAUCACCCUUGAAGUUGAACCCAGCGAUACAAUUGAAAAUGUGAAGGCAAAAAUCCAGGAUAAAGAGGGCAUCCCUCCGGAUCAGCAACGUCUGAUCUUUGCUGGCAAGCAACUGGAAGACGGCCGUACCCUCUCAGAUUAUAAUAUUCAAAAGGAGUCGACACUGCAUCUCGUCUUGCGGCUUCGCGGUGGCAUGCAGAUCUUCGUCAAGACCCUCACGGGGAAGACUAUCACACUUGAGGUUGAACCCAGCGAUACAAUUGAAAACGUGAAGGCCAAAAUCCAGGACAAGGAGGGUAUUCCUCCUGACCAGCAACGUCUCAUUUUCGCCGGAAAACAACUCGAGGAUGGUCGCACACUCAGUGACUACAACAUUCAAAAGGAAAGCACGCUUCACUUGGUGCUUCGGCUCCGUGGCGGAAUGCAGAUCUUUGUCAAGACUCUCACCGGCAAGACGAUCACGCUUGAAGUCGAGCCAUCCGACACAAUUGAAAAUGUCAAAGCAAAGAUCCAGGACAAAGAGGGCAUUCCUCCUGACCAGCAACGUUUGAUUUUUGCUGGAAAACAGUUGGAGGAUGGCCGCACCCUUAACGAUUAUAACAUUCAGAAGGAAAGCACUCUCCAUCUUGUGCUUCGCCUGCGAGGUGGAAUGCAGAUUUUUGUGAAAACCCUUACGGGAAAAACAAUAACACUUGAAGUUGAGCCAAGCGACACCAUUGAGAACGUAAAAGCGAAAAUUCAAGACAAAGAGGGCAUUCCGCCUGACCAACAGCGUCUCAUCUUUGCUGGAAAACAACUCGAGGACGGUCGCACGCUAUCGGACUACAACAUCCAGAAGGAAAGCACCUUGCAUCUCGUGCUCCGUCUCCGUGGCGGUAUGCAAAUCUUCGUAAAGACUUUGACGGGGAAGACCAUUACCUUGGAGGUCGAACCCUCAGAUACCAUCGAGAACGUGAAGGCGAAAAUUCAGGACAAGGAAGGUAUCCCGCCUGACCAGCAGCGAUUGAUCUUUGCGGGUAAACAGCUCGAGGACGGUAGAACACUGUCAGACUACAACAUCCAGAAAGAAUCAACGCUCCACCUCGUUCUUCGUCUCCGAGGUGGAAUGCAAAUUUUCGUUAAGACGUUGACCGGAAAAACCAUAACCCUUGAGGUUGAGCCCUCGGAUACCAUCGAAAACGUAAAGGCAAAAAUUCAGGAUAAGGAAGGCAUCCCCCCUGAUCAGCAGCGUCUUAUAUUCGCUGGAAAACAACUCGAGGAUGGACGUACCCUGUCCGAUUACAAUAUUCAGAAAGAAUCAACUCUGCACUUGGUGCUGCGCCUUCGUGGAGGACAGCUUACUAUUUAAUCUUAAUGGGUGAACUGAGCAGCAACCUCAGUAAAGAAUAAAAAAACGGUGUUCGGAUAUAUUACAGUCUUGCCUUAAAAAUUGGAUCAGAUCAAAUAAAAUUGGUGAUAUGCGGCGGUGCAUAAUUUGCGCGCUAUAUUAUUGUGACAAAUUAACUAUCAUGUCAUAAAUAAACAAUCUUAAAGGAAAAAAACAUGAA